AUGGAUAAUAGACGAAAGAGGCAAAUCGAUUCAUUACUUUCGGAACUGCCAACUGUGCGACCCUUGCCAAACGACAACAGCCGCUUCCAGCUACAGCUGUACUUAGCCAGCAGCCCAGGCUCGCCUCACCCGUCUUCAGCCACACCCCACCUUUCUCGGACAGCCUCAACACCCAACACCAACAGCAGCAGACCUUCAUCCCAGGACGGCAACGGAAACGCCUUCUCAAUCACCUCCCCGUCAUCCUCGUCACCAGUAACAGCAGCAGCAGCAGUAGCGGGAAGCAACAAUGCCGUCACCCUUACAGUCUACCUACCGCCAGCUUUCCCCGAAGAGGAACCAAGGAUCACGCUCCAACCAGCAGUGCGGCAUCUCUGGGUCGAUGGAACCGUAACGCCCUGUACUGUCACUGGACACGAGAGACUCAUGCCUGGCGGCUGGUCGACCCAUGCCCACCUCGGCAGAAUUGUUAAGGAGAUUGCAGCCAAUAUUCAACGCACCGGAGUUCUCGUCGACGACAGCAAUGAUGUCAAUGGAGGGGCAUCGAACCAACACCACAUGUACAGCACGAAUAACACCAACAACAACGGCAUUAGCAACAACAACCAGCAGGGUAAUUUUGACACCGUCAAGGUCGCCUUUGACGAGUAUUCACGCAAACCACCACCGCCCAUUCCAGGAGCGCGAUCCAAAAGUCUUGGGCUGACCAACAACAGCAACUCGAGUAGCGUGGUGACAUUCAUCAACACCAAUGGCUCUCAAUACAGCAACGGAGGUUCAAACAACAACAACAACAACAACAACAACAACAACAACCAUAUCAACAAUGCAAUGCACAUCAACAAUAAUAAUAACGGCAAUAACAAGAUGAGCACCUCUGCUGCGGGCGAUAUGUCAUCGAGCAGCAGCAGCAGUCAUACCCAGAGUCGACCAGUCUUGAGCAACUCGUACAGCAGCACAUUGGCACCAGAGGCGCGCAUUAUUAUGGAGUUGACACCCGAGAAGGUGGAGGAACUCCUCGAGAGCCAGAUUGCAUUCGACCACUUUGUUGAUCACCUCGACAUUGUCAUCAACAGCAGGACCCUCAAACGGGAAUGGUGGCUCGGCAACGACAAUGUUUCCCGUCGCAACUUGGCUUUAGAGGCAGAAAUGCUUGAGCUUCAAAACAGUACGGCAGAAGGUCACAAGGUGGCGAAUCAACUUCAAAAGUCACUGGAAGAGAAACUUCAACAACAACAGGAUGCUCUUUGGCGGUUUAGGCCAGAGACGCUACAGUCCAAGUUGCGGUCAGCGGCAUCAGAGUCAGAGGAGUUAUCAGAGUCAAUUGCUCAGUCGUUCUUGGAAGGCAAGCUGGAUCAAGAAGGAUUUAUUCGACAGUAUCGGGACCUGCGCAAGGUGUAUCAUUUGCGGACGAUGAAACACGAACGUAUGGGCCCUAUUCUUCGGGACCAUGCCUCGUCCAACACUGAAAACAGUAGCAAUAACAACAAUGGAUCAGGAUCGGAUGUGUUAGGGUCUUCAAUAGUCGGUAAUGGCGGAGGAGGGUCGUCGUCAUCGAUUGGCGGCGCAUCAGGUCCUGGUGGGACAGGAGGAGACGAGUCUUGGGUGAUGCUGUCACAUUGA